AUGGGCGAAAUUGGGAUUUCCGGAAAAAGAGAAGCAGCAGCAGCAAUAAAAUUGAAGCCGGAACGCAAUGUGCUCAUUGCGGCCACAGGCAGCGUGGCCACCAUUAAACUGGUGCAAUUAAUAUCCGAACUAAGCAACGAAAAGCUUUCUUAUAAAUUUAACGUUAAGGUCAUUAUAACGGAACAUGCCAAACACUUUUUUGAAUUGGAGCAGGUGCCGGAACAUGUGCCCAUUUUACAUAAUCGUGACGAGUGGCUAACCUGGAACAAACGCGGCGACCCCGUGCUGCACAUUGAGCUGGGCAAGUGGGCGCAUAUGCUGCUAAUUGCGCCACUUAGCGCCAACUCUCUAGCCAAAAUAGCCACUGGCCUUUGCGACAAUCUGGUGCUGUGCGUGGUGCGCGCUUGGGAUUUGGAGAAGCCGCUGCUCUUUGCCCCAGCGAUGAAUACACGCAUGUACGAUCAUCCCAUAACGCGCGAACAGAUUGACAAGCUAAUCAGCUGGGGCUACAAGGAGAUACCCUGCAUUUCCAAGACUCUAAUGUGCGGUGAUACGGGAAAUGGCGCCAUGGCCGAGGUGCCCACAAUUGUGUCGUCAGUUGUGUCCGCUUUUCAGUUGCCAUUGUAAAUACUUUUUUCUGUCUGUUAAAAAUAAAAAGAUUUUGGUAUUGUUUAAAUAA